AUGGGGUAUCAUUAGACCCCCGUGACAAUUGAAAUAUAGUAGAAAAUUACAGGGGAAGACAUUUAAAGAAAAAUAACAUAUUUACAUUGAUGAAUAACAUAUUUGAAUUGACAAGUAGUGAGUGUAUCGAGUAUGUAUACGUCUACCGAAGUUGUGGUUAACAAAUCUGAUAUUAAUACGGAUUUUUACAUCGGUUUAGGAUUAGCUGUUAUUUCUAGCGGUUUUAUAGGUGCAAGUUUUAUCAUUAAAAAAAUUGCUUUAAUUCGACUUCAGAGAUAUGGUGGAUUACGCGCUUCUUCUGGUGGUUACGGAUACCUUAAAGAGUGGAUAUGGUGGGCCGGUUUGAUUUCAAUGGGCAUAGGAGAAGCUGCCAAUUUUACAGCGUAUGCAUUUGCACCUGCCUCCUUGGUUACGCCGUUAGGUGCUCUAAGUGUUUUGGUGUCUGCAAUUUUAGCGUCAAAAUGUCUUCAUGAAAAACUUAAUUUACUAGGAAAGAUCGGAUGUUUCUUAUGCAUUCUUGGAUCAACGGUAAUAAUACUUCAUUCACCGAAAGAAGAAGAAGUUAAUAGUUUGGAUGAACUUUUAGAUAAAAUUAAAGCGCCAGGUUUUAUUAGUUACGUUUUCAUUGUAAUAUUAUGUAGUUUAUUUGUAAUAUUUUAUUUUGGUCCUGCUUACGGAAAUCAAAAUGUAAUUGUUUAUAUACUUUUAUGUUCAUCGAUAGGUUCAUUGACUGUAAUGAGUUGUAAAGGUAUAGGAUUAGCCUUGAAAGAAACAAUGUCAUUUUCUGGCGCAUUUUCUAAUUUCUUGACAUGGCUAUUUUUAUUCGGUAUCAUAUGUUGCAUUACAUUGCAAAUGAAUUAUUUAAAUAAAUCAUUGGAUUUAUUUGAUACAACUAUUGUUAUGCCAAUCUAUUAUGUAUGUUUUACAACAUUGGUUAUAGUAGCAUCGGCGAUACUAUUCAGAGAAUGGCAAAAUAUCAAAACUGAGGACAUUGUAGGAUCGUUCUGUGGUUUUUUUACGAUUGUAGUAGCAAUAUUUUUACUUAACGCGUUUAAAAUGAUGGAUAUUAGUUACAAUAACAUUAGGCACAUUUUAAGGCCGAAAAAAGAAUUAGUUUCCAGUUCAACAUAUUGGAACAUAAGAGAUACAGAACGAUUAAUAUCCAGAAAUAUUAAUGCAGAUCAUUUUUAUGGAUCAUCAGAUAUAAACAGAACUAUAUAAUGUAAUAAUUUAAUGUAAAUAAUUAUAUAACUAUAAUAAAAAUAAGAAAGGAAAAAUUUUAGAUUUUAAAUUAUAGAUAAAAGUAUGUAUAAAGUCGUAUAAGUCGCCAGUUGUAAUUAAAAAAUAUCAUUAUAUAUAACGCAGUACAAACUAAGAUCUAGUCUAAUGCAAAUAUUUAUUAUAUUCUUGCAAUAAUGUAAUAAUGUAGUAACAUACAUUAAUCGCAUAUUAAAUUGUCAUUAUUAAACAUAUUCAUUAUUAA